AUGUUUUAUCCGAAAAUAGUCGGAGGGCAUCGUGGUGGCAUUCACCAUCUCAUGUCACUUAUCUUGCUUCUCACAUGUCUAACAUCAUCAUCGUCAGCCGCCUUCUCCGCAAUAUCUUCUCUAAGUCUGGCAGACUCCCCAAGAAUCUGGCGAGGAAUUCCAGAGGUAACCAUUGAAUUGAGCGAUCAAGACUACAAAUAUUGUCAACUAUGUGUCGAUGACACGUACUGGAAUUCUGGCAUUGCCGACGAGAUCUGCAAGUACCAUGGAUUCGAAGGCUCAAUGGUGAUUAAGGACGACACAACACCAUCCGAACCCGAUUUCUUCUUAGAUGGAUAUGCAGUCUGUAAUAGAAUUGAAAACUCUAAUUUCCCGCUGGAAUGUGAAUUUAGAGAGUCGUGUGACAGAGUUCCCACCAUAUCGUGCAUAAUUCCUGGAUAUAUCGGCUGCUACACCGAAACAGCUUCCAAUCCAUUCUUUUCCGAUGGCGUAGAACCAAAUAUCACAGCACAAUCACCCGAUAUCCGCAUCUGUACACUAGCCUGUGCUUCGAGUCCAUAUCUAGGACUUACGAAGGGCCAGGACUGUAUCUGUGGAUCAACACUAGGGGAUCGUAGUCUUGAAGGAGAUUGUGAUCUGGGAUGUCAAGAAGAUGAUCUACAGAUUUGUGGGGGAUCAAAUAGUAUAUCAGUGUACAAUGGGGGAGGGGAAGUGCCCCCUGACCCCGGUUCUGCUGCCCCUGCUGAGGUAUUAUAA